GUAUUUUAUUAGGAAUCUUAUAUGUGUAUUCUACUAGGACAUGCUUGAUUCGGUGUCACAUGCAGUAUUUAUCUGUAUUUACAUAAAAAUUGGAUUUAUAUGUACAUGUCUUUGUAUUUCUUUGGAUUCUUCUACAGAUCUCUCAUCUCCUACAGAAAAUAUGGCAUCACAAACCCUACCUCCACGACAGGAUAAACUCACAGAUUCAGUGGAUGGGGAAACCUUCUGUGAAAAGCAGGAAUAUUUAGAUUAUGACAGUGGGACGGAGUCUGAGAAGUUGAACAAUGAAGGUAAGAUCCAGAAAGCUCCAGAGAUCCAGACGGAGGACAUUGACCACAAGUCUGAGGACAGCAUAGUUGAAGAACUGAGCCAAGAUGAUCAGAGUGACAUUGACAUUGAGGCGGUACAUUUAGUGGAGGUUGAAAGCAACAUCAGCAGCUUCACAAAAAUGAGGAAACCAGCGGCAUGCGCAGCAGUCCUGGAGGACCAGUCUGGGCAACAGUCAGCAAAGCCAAAAGACAUGGCAAAGGAACAGAAGGAUGGUGAUAUGAAGGCAGAAAUAUUGAGGGUGGAAGAACAAGGGAAGAGAGUUCAAGAAAACAGCCAGAAGCAUAAGACAAAACAGGAGCAAGAGACAAUGAAGAUAAAUAUGGGCAGAGAAAGAAUGGAAGAAGAGAUAAAGAUGAUUGAUGCAGAACAUGAUAAAGCCAAUAUGUCAAGGAGACUGGACGUGAAGAGUAUGAGUGCUCUGGAAGAAGAGGAGAGGAGGAGAGUAAAGGAGGAAGUUGAGACAGAAAUGGUGAAAGGACAUCCCUCCCCUGCAGAGAAGUUAGAGUCUGAUAAUAAAGUCUUGAGAGUCCCUGAAGAAUGUGAAAAAGAAGGAAAGAAAGGCAGGAAUAAAGGCAAGGAGAUCCUGACAGAGGACAAAGGUAUGUGUACUUUUAACAGAUAUGUACAGUAGAUAUGUCUAUGAAAACCCCUGGACUACUUUGA